AUGGCGUUUGAGCCUUCGCGCUACCAAGAUCCGCGCACUUGGAAGAUGACACCCGCAAUGAUUCGGGCAAGAAGACCUUUUUUCAAGAAAAACUUGCUAGGUCUGGGCAUCCUUGUUUCAGUGACAGGUGGGAUUUAUGUGUACACACACAGGUUCCUGAACCGCGAUAACGAUUUUGCAGAUGUGCCCAUCCCACCAAUCGACCCUAAAGAGCUAGAACAGCUGAAGAAGGAGUACGAGCAGCACAAGAGGGACGUUGCGGCGCGCGACGAGUAA